UCCGGCUACAUUGCUUCUACACGGGUAUCCUGGAAAGUUUUGUUGAACUAGAAGUUUUAAAUACAUAUAUUUUAAACGUUUACAGUGACAGGAAACAUUUAAUAUUAUACUCGGAACGUAAAUGUUGUCAGUGAGGUUGUUCGGUAGGUUAUAGGCUUUGGAACGAUAAUGCGAAUUAGCUAGCCACCUGUUAAGCAUCUUUGUUUACAUUUAUCGAGUGUAGCUAAGGUAGCUGCUAGUGUGCCAUGCUAACUAUUAACUUACCGAUUUGUUGAUGAUAUAACUUAGUUGUGGGUGUUCUUCACUUUUCCAAACAUUCACGUUGGAUAUGUUGUAACUUAAAGCCAACCUCACCAAGUCGACAAGUUGUUGAGUAGUUACCAUGUACUCAUCGUUACUCUAAUGUUUGAGAACGAGAGGAGUUUAACCGAAGAUGUGGUCAGUCUGAGGAAUCUGCUUCUACUGACAGAGCUCAGUCUGAUCAGUGUGGGACAGAAACUGAGUCAGUCAGGAGGCCAUGAAGACAGAGGGGAAUGUGAGCAGAAGAGUCCUGAGCAGUGUGAGCACCUAACCCUCACCUACCUGCUGACCGAACCUGAUGUUCCUCCAUCCCAGUCGGGCUGUGUUUGCCAGGAGAGUCCUCUCAGUGGGACGGCUGAGAGACGUGCUGCUGCUGGCAGUCUCACCCCACCUUCCCCCAUCUCUCAGUGUGCCUCACUCAAGUCAGUAGAGAUGGAGUCUUUUUCUGCGAGGCUGCGUCAGGAGAACGCCUGUCUGAGCGUGCAGGAUGAACAGAUGCAGCUCAUCAGCGACCUCGAUGCCAUGCAGUAUGAACUGUCCUCCUCCAGGUCUCAGGGCCGCCUCAGAGGCCCCAGGCUGGGGGUUAAGAGCAGUUUGGCAGCCAUGAGUGAGCAGAUUCGUCAGCUUCAAGCAGAGCUGGAGACUCAAACUGCACAACUAAAGGCAACAGAGCUGAGGGCAGACUGCAGUCAGGAAGCAGCCGCCCACAGUGACAUAUUGGUGGCGAAUCUCACGGAGGACGUGAGCGCGCUCAGAGAAGAGCUGGACACCAAGACAGCUCUGUGCAAACGGGCUGAGCAACAAAGGAACCAAGCACUUCAAAAUGCAGAGAAACUCAAAGAAGCCUUCAAAGAGUAUAGGGCUACUGUUUCUAUAACAUUUCAGAGGGUGAUGGAGAGUGAGAGCAAACUGAAAGAGAGUCUCAUUGAGUGUGACAGAGAGAAGGAGCAGUUGGAGGUGAAGUGCUCUCUGUUGGAGAGGGGAAAGGUCGAACAGAGUCAGACAAUCUGCCAGCUGACGGAGGAGGCGCGGCAGGCCAGGUCUGCAGCUGCUGGCCUGCAGGCUCAGCUGGAGGAGGCCGGACGAAAGGCCUUACACCUGGAACGGCAGCUAACGGAGCGGGGCGCUGAGUUCAGGGAGCUGGCCUCUCUGCGAACAGAUCUGGAGAACCUGCGAACUCUGACCCAGAGGCAGGAGCAGAGCCUGGUCCAGAGCCAGAGGGAGGCCCAGCAGAGCCAGAGGGAGGCCCAGCAGAGGGAGGCGGAGCUGGCCGGCCUGGAGGCCACGCUGACCCUGCUGCAUCUACGAGAGGGUGUGGUGGGGACGCUGUGUGUCAGGCCCUGCAUGCUUCCCCCAGUGGACUAUUCAGGAACUGCACACCUACUGAAUCUGAAGCCAGGUGAAGGCUACCAGCAGCUGCUGCGCGCCCUGCAGCUGAUGGAAGCAGAGCGGAGCAGACAGAGCAGCCUGGUGGAGCGGCUGCAGGAGCGUCUCAGCAGGUCCCAGGAGGAGACCUCCACCCUGCAGAGCGCCAUGGCCCAGAGAGCCUCCCACUACCAGAGCCUCCACUCAGAGCUGCUGGACAGAGUCAGCCACACCACCGACAAAGAGAAGGAGUUGAAAAGAAAAAGUGCACGUGUGAAUGCGCUGGAGAAACAGCUAGAGGAGAAGACCUCUGCUUACAGUCAGGCUGCUCUGACCAACACCGAGCUGGAGAAUCAGCUACUGGAGAAAAAGGCCACUGUUCAGCAUUACCAGUCAAUGAUGAGUAAAAAGCAGAAGGAGCACCAGCAGUCUUUGGAGAACUGUAAAAACUCUCAAUCGCACCAACUGACUGAGCAUCAGCACAGAAUAGAAAUGCUUCAGCUGUGUGUGGAGGAGGCUGAGACUCGGGUGUUGGAGAUGGAGCAGAAUCUAAGCUCGGUCCAGACGGAGAGAGACAAGGCUCAGGAAGUGGCUCUCCUGCUGCAGAGCUCUGUGGAACAACUCACACAGCAGAGGCAGGAUGAAGUGCAACACAACGAGGAGUUGCUGAAGAGUUUGGAAGAGCAGGCGACUCAGUCUGCCACCAAGGUGAGUGAACUGCAGACGUCUCUGUCAGAGUGCAGAGAGGAGCUGGUCUUCUACCUGCAGCAGAUGGAGGAGGUGACGAAGAACUAUGAGAGUGAGCUGCAGAAGAACAAAGACAAGGUGUCCUCCCUGCAGGAGAAGCUCCACAGCACCACCCUGGUGUGUCAGAGCUCUGGUGAGCAGAACCUGCAGCUGCAGCUCUCUCUGCAGCUGCAGCAGAGCAUGCUGACCGAGAGCUCUGCUCACAUCUCGGAGCUGGAGGAGAGUCAGAGCCAGCUGCAGGAACAGGUGUCCAGUGUGGAGCAGCAGCUGGAGCGGGCCCGGGCGUCUCAGCAGGGCGAGGUGAGGAGCAGGGAGCAGGACGUCCAGAGGAGAGAGGGGGAGCUGCAGGAGGUCACCCAGCAGAACACACAGCUGGCAGAGAGUGUGGGCCAUCUGAAAUCAGAGAUGGUAAAGUGUCGAGGGGAGCUCGUUUCUAAAGAUUCGGAGCUGCAUCGCCUGCAGAGGGAUGUCACCGUCAAGACUUCUCAGAUCAGCUGCAUGGACGAAAGCCUGCAGCAGCUGAGGAGCCUGCUCAACAGCAAGAGUGACACGGUGAUGGACCUGGAGGAGCAGCUGCACCGCUGUGAGGCCGACAGGAGCAACGUCUCCCAGCGGCUGCAGGUCCUGGAGGGCCAGCUGCAGGCGGUGCGCACCGAGCUGACCGAGACUCUGGAGCAGCUGCGGGAACUCCGAGACGUUCUGCAGAGAACCCAAACUACCGCAGACGAGAGGCAAGCCUCGGUGGAAAAACUGACAAUCCAACUUAGUGAAACCCAGAGGGAGUUGGAGGAGAGGACUCAAGAGGUCUUAGACAUGGACCGUGCACUGAAGGAGAGACAGGAGGAGCUCCAACAGAGAGCACAGCUGCUGGGUCACCUGGAAGUGGCCAUUAGGGAGCGCAAGCAGGACAUGGAGAGGAAGGUGGAGUCACUGCAGCAGAGCCUGGAGGCCAGAGAGAGAGAGCUGAGAGGCACACAGAGGGAGCUCACACACAGAAACAUGAAGGAGUCCCAGGAGCAUGAUCAGCAGCUGCGUGUGUGUCAGCAACAGCUUCACACUAUACAGCAACAACUUGAGGAAGCUGAACGUCGAUGUGAGGAUUUAACCAGAGAGCUGCACGCCACCAAGCUGCAUAAAAAAGAGAAGGAGGCCCGGCUGUGCGAGCUGGAGGAGGAGCUGGCUCUGAAGCUGCAGUUGGAGGCCGGGCUGCAGAGCAUGGUCACCUCUUUAGAGCAGGAGCUGGAGCAGGAGAGGGAGCAGCACAGCAGGGAGCUGGAGUCCCUGCAGCAGACCCGAGGUCAGCUCCUCAAAGUGUCCUCUCAGAUCUCCUCCACCAUGCUCUCAUCUCAGGAGCAGCUCGCCACUAAACUCCAGCAGAGCCAGAACCAGCUGGACCAGACCAAAGAGGAGCUGGAUCGCGCCCGGAGCCAAGCCAGUCUCCUCCAAACUCAGAGAGACCAGGCUGAGACGCAGCUCCGUCAGAGUGGAGCUCAGCUGGAGCAGAGCAGGGUCCUGUACCAGCAGACCCGGGCCCAGAACCUUCAGCUCCACACCCAGCUGGAGCUGCUCAGCACCCAGCUACAGCACUUCAGAGUCCAGGCUGCCCAGCUGCAGGCUCAGCUGCAGGCCUCCAGGAGGACCAUGGAGACCUUCGACGAGUCCCUGCUCAUCAAGGAGUCUGAGGUGACCCGUCUCCAGGCCAGGAUCUCCAGCCUGGAGCGAGCUGCUGAGCGACAGCACCACCUGUACACCCACACCCCCUCCCUCCCCGCUCUGAGCACAGUCACACACUCCUCAGAGAGCUCCUCCCCUCCUUCCUCCCCCCAUAAGACUCCAGCAACCCUCCCCUCUCCUGAGCACGCUCACUUGCCUCACCCUCGCUUAACACCCCCGCCUCACACCUACCUUCCUCCAGCCUCCGCCCCUUGUCUCUCCAUCCAAUCAUGCGACUGGCUGAGCAACAGCGUGGACUCCUCCCUGGAUCUCCCCCUGAGCCUGAAGGAAACCCUGAAGGAGGCUCUGAGCAAGCAUCCGUGGGAGUCCCCCCCCUCCGGCUCCUCUUUCCCUAACACAGUGGACCACAGCUGGCAGGGUCUCAGCGCCGUGGAGACCACAGUGACCUCUGACCUCUCCUUCAACCCUCUUACAUACAGGGUGGAAACGCAAGAACAUGGAAGAGACACGGAAGCUCCCUCCAUGCAGCUGGGAGACGACGAGGAGCAGAUCAGUGAGUCCAGGAGGGAGUCUGUGAACACCCUGGUGGGGGAGGAGGUGGAGGGGGACAUGAGUUCACUGACAGGGAUGCUGAGGUUUGUUAACAAGACGUUAGCCAUGCAGGAGGACGCGUCUUUAUGGAGCUCCACAGGGCCGUCACAGAGCAGCCUCACACUGCAGAGGGAAGUCGAGGAGACAUUAAGCUAUGUUGCCAAGGAGACGUCAGAGAGAAAGGCUGUUGACACUGGUGUCAGCGUACAUGUAAUAAACAUCUAAUUGAAUCUGUCCUGUUGGCGUUAAAUCUGUCAAACAAUGAGUUAAGAUGACCACUAUUUCGUCUGUAAAUGAUCUACUGUGAUGUUUCGUACAGUAUAAAUGUAGCAUUUCAUUUUGUAUCUCUUCCGAACUGAUAUUUAUAUAUUUUGUACACAAUUUUGAAUAAGCUAAGUGAAUAAAGAGUAUUUUUAUCUGUCUA